ACUCUGGACUCCUUUUGCGACGGUGCCGGGCGGAGGUGCCGCCUCAUUUACGGCAGGCGGCCCGCUUUCCGGCGGCGCGGGCGGUUUCCCGGCGCGGUGCGCGCUGCAGACGCGGGCGGCGGGGACGGCGUGCACGUGGAGGAAGUAGCAGAGAAUGUCUUUUCGUGGAAGAGGAGGUGGAGGGGGAGGACGAGGAGGAGGAGGAGGAAGAGGUGGCUUCAAUCGUGGAGGAGGUGGUGGUGACAGAGGUGGCUUUAAUCGCGGUGGACGAGGUGGCUUUGGACGGGGAGGCGGACGAGGAGGCUUCAACAGAGGCGGAUAUGACCAGGGGCCUCCAGAAAGGGUAGUCUUAUUGGGAGAGUUCAUGCAUCCAUGUGAAGAUGACAUUGUUUGUAAAUGUAAAACAGAAGAAAACAAGGUGCCUUAUUUCAAUGCCCCAGUGUACUUGGAUAAUAAGGAACAGAUUGGCAAAGUGGAUGAAAUCUUCGGACAGCUGAGAGAUUUUUAUUUUUCAGUGAAACUGUGUGAGAACAUGAAAGCCUCGUCAUUUAAAAAAAUGCAAAAGUUUUACAUUGAUCCAGCAAAGCUGCUUCCCCUUCAGAGAUUUUUGCCAAGGCCACCUGGAGAAAAAGGUGCUCCUAGAGGAGGUGGUAGAGGAGGGCGUGGCGGUGGACGUGGAGGAGGAAGAGGUGGUGGUAGAGGAGGAUUUGGAGGAGGAAGAGGUGGAGGAAGAGGUGGAGGAGGAGGAGGUUUCAGAGGAGGAAGAGGUGGAGGAGGAGGUUUCAGAGGAGGAAGAGGUGGAGGAGGUGGCUUUCGUGGAAGAGGACAUUAAAAAUGGAGCCACGAGUAUCUGCCCACUGUCUUACCAUAUCAUCUGCAGAAGUGAAGAACAAGGAAAAAUAUCUGUCAAGGACCAUGAAAAAGUUCUUUUUGUAAAACGAACUUGAAGCUGUAAAAUAGCAAUUAUUUUUACACUUAAUGACUGUUGAUCAACGCAUGAGGAGAGCAUAGCCCCAGGUGAAGAACUGAAGAUGCUCAGAAUAUACUUGAACUUUAACUAACCAGGAUUCAGUGGUUUUCUUAAACUGUUCCUGACAAGUGACGUAGUCAAUACUUGACUUCAUGUUGGAGUUUGGAGUAACCAAUCGAUUGAAAUGUUUUUCAAAAAAACCCUACGGGUUCACUACCUGCACAUUCGUUGUUAUGAAUCUGUUACCUAUGUGUGACUGAAUCCUCGUUGUCAUCCUCUUUUUAUAUUGAAUAAUCUUCUGGAUUGCUUUAAAGCAGACGUGCUGUUUAAACAACCUUUGUGAACCUUUUUUUAACAAACUAAACUCCCAAAAUUUUA